AGAAUAACAAAACAAUGUGACAAUGGAGACAAUGUGUAUAGAUACUGAAAUAUAACGAUACUAUGAAUAAGAAUUUACUUUUAUUCUUAUUGUUGGUCGUUAUGAAUUACCAGUCCACGGAAUGCUGGGACUAUUCAAAAUACAAUCUUGGAAAGCUUCUUCGAAUUGGUAGAACAGGUUGGGACAAAGCAAGUACACUGGUGCAGAGAGCUGUAGGUAGAGUCACUGUCACUUCUGCGAACAAUAAAGGUGGGACCAAGAUCAAUAGUUCAAGAAAUGCUACAAAUUCAACACAAAACAAUUCUAAAAGUACUCAGUCACACUUGAGCUCUGUAAGUGAAACUCAGUUUAUUCCAUUGACUGACAAGGAGAAGCAACUCUUUCAGAGGAUUCAGACAGCAUCUGAUAAAAUAGCAUACUUACUGAAAUUGUUCAAUGUAUCAGAGAGAAAUGGUGAUAAUAAGGCUGCUCAAACUUUGUUAGGCACAACACCGAUUCAUACCACAGCUGUGAACUCAAAAGCAGCUUCUACUACAAAAGAAGCACAGCGUACGACAGCGAAGCCAUACCCUGGAGCAUACGAGGGUUUUCACCCAAUCAUCAAUAUAUUUAGAAGAAUAUGUGGAUUGGGACCUCCACCAGUUCGCCCAAAUUUUACGGUCUUGUGUCUUGGCUUAAGUAAAAGUGGUAAAAGUACAUUACUUGCUAAAGUAAGUGGAGAAUCAACAGAUGAAAUUGAGCCAACAGUUGGUUUCAGCAUUAAAGCCUUAAUGUUUGACGAAUGCUUUAUGGAUGUCAAAGAACUUGGUGGUGGAGAUAAUGUACGACCGUACUGGGACAGAUAUUAUACAGGUGGUGAUGGUGUGAUAUUUGUAGUAGACAGUUCAGCUGAUGAUAAAACAAUGGAGGUGGCUAAGAGUGAGUUUGACAAGGCACUCAGUCAUCACGAGCUAGAUGGUCUACCGUUACUGUUUCUGGCUAACUAUCAGGAUGUUCCUGGUGCUAAGAGUGAAGCACAGAUGAAGCAGAUAUUUGAUCUAGACAGCCAGGAUCGAGCCUGGAUCAUUCAGGGAUGUACAGCAUCAGACAAAUCUAGUAUAGAGAAAGGCUUCCAUAGAUACAACGCACUUCUUAUUUCACCACCAAAGGAGAAUGGAGAGUUUGACAGGAUAUAAGUGUUGAUCUGACAUCUCAGAAACUGCUGUUGUAUAUGUGUGUUACUUUUGUAAAGUCUAAAAAUGAAAAUUACAAAAAUGAGUUAAUGUUAAAGGGCCUAGAUGUAUUUUAACCAAGAUUAACAAUCUUAAAUUUAGACAUAAUCUUAGAUAAGUUAGCCACUGUUUGAUUUUUCUUCACCAAGAAUGCACAUAUUUUAAUGAAACUUUCCAGAAAUGUACAUCUCACAGGCACUUACAUAAUGUACAUCUCAAUCAAUACUCGUCAGGAUCUAUUACAAAUGAAACAAACUACAGCAAAAUAAAAUGAGCAGUUUAUUGUCUUUAACUUGAAUUUUUACUUUCUUAAAAUAUUAAAAUAACGAUGAUAAAUAUAGCCCUUUUCAUAGUAUCAUUGUAAUGUUAAGUCUUAGUCAUGAAACUUUUGAAUAUUUAAAAAGAUCAAGGUAAAGAAUGUACAGUCACUGCAUGUUUGUACAUGUGUAUAUACCAUAGAAAAAAAUCUGAUCAAAAAUAGUAUAGUAUUUGAAGAUAGGUAGUUUUUAAAUGUAUAUAAAUAUUGAUCCUAAAUGAGAAACAAGUGAAAUAAAAUGUUUAACAGAAUGUUUAUGAUUGAAACUUCUCAGUAAUGUUUAUUAGACUAAUAUUGUGUUGAUUAUUUGUUUUGUUGUAUACAACAUCGACAGUUUUAAAAGAUUUAUAUUACAUACAUGUAUGUUAACAAGUAUUUUUUUCUAACAUUAUUUUCCACUAUGAAUAUAAUUUGUUACUGAAACCAGUUUAAAUCCAUCACAUCACAUGACCUGUUUAGAGGGAGUUAAAGUGUGAAAGAUCAGUUUGAUAUCUUGUCACAGAUUUAGGCAUGUAUCAAUGAUAUACAGCCAUCUUUAAAACAGUGUCUAUUCUAGGAUUUGAAAAACAGGGGGGAUUUUUUUCGAAAAGAUAGAAUUUAUUACAUUUGUUGAUUUUUCCCCCUUCUUUCUCUCUGUAAAAUUUUCCAAUUUUGACACUGUUACAUUCAUACCAAUGGUGUUGCCAAUUUUGACACUGUUACAUUCAUACCAAUGGUGUUGCCAAUUUUGACACUGUUACAUUCAUACCAAUGGUGUUGCAUACGAACACAGUCAGACAUUACUAUUUUUCCCUAAAUCAAAAUGUGACAUUGAUUCAUAUUAUUAUUAUAUUAUUAAUGCUUUUGUUUGAACUUGAAUUGGUAGUGAAAAAAAACCUAAUUACUUAUUGUCCGGAUAACUGGGUGUAAUGUAAAGAGCAUGUUUUGAUAUCUGGCCUUUAAUUGGGUAUGCUACAUAUGUUACAUAUAGACAUAAUGAAAACUGUAUUACAAAAGUAAUUUAAUUUUUUAUGAUCUUAAAAAAAUGAGAACAAAGACAUAUAAAGAAUAAAAAGAAGAAGAAUAAAAAAACACGAAAAAGUUUGUGACCGCCAAAUUGAGAGAAGUACACAGCAACACUAAAUGAAUCGUGUAAAUUUCCAAAGUUUCUGCUUAUAUUUAUCUUUAUACUGGUUUUAUUUAUUUUUUUCAUUGGUAUUUUCUUGUAUUAAAUAGUUUCAGUAUUUUUUAGCAUAAUAUUUUCACCUGAAGUAAUUACAAGAAAGAUGUUUUUCACCACAGAAUCUGCACAAAUGAUCAUAUAUUUACUUGUAUUUACUAUUUUAUUCAUAUAAUGAACAUUAAGCUUUAUCUGUAAGUAUUUGUUUACAUUUAUUUUGUAACUGUUUUUAAUAUUAUUUGUAUUAUGCUUUACAUGUAAGACAUGUCUAUUGUUUUUUCUGUGCUUCAUUACAAUUAUGUUUGUAUUUUUUUAUAUAUAUGCCUAAAGGUUACUUUGGUUGUAAAAUGGUAUUGCACUUGUCAGUCCACUAAUCUGUUAGUUUGUCUGUAUUAUGGUAUGGUGCUUGUUCAUCAGACUGUUUGUUAGCCUCAUCAAAGUCCGCUCUCAAUAAUUUGAUAACUAUUAGUUAUGCUGUCUACAUGCUUAUUAGGGAGAUUGGUCAUGGCCAGUACAUGACCUGUAAUGAUUUUGAGGUCAAAGGUCAAGGUCACAGUGGUACUUGGUGUAAAGUCUUUGUCAACUCAAUUAUUUGAGAAAGAAUGGAUGUUGAUUUGUAAAACUUGGUAGGAACAUUGCAAACAGAUCACCCUUAUUGAUUUUGAGGACAUUAGGUCAAAGGUCAAUGUUACAGCAACUCAGUGUUAAAUCAUUGUCCAAGGAAGAAUUAUCUUAGAGUUUUGAAACUUGUAUUGACAAUGCCCAUGGCAAGUUGAUGGCACCUUUUGAUUUUUAACUAAUUAGGUCAAAGUUCAAGGCCAUAUUGACUCUGUAAAUCCUUGUCAAGUCAAAAGUUUGUUCUGAUUGCUUUCUUACAUAUAUUUUUUCAUAAUUUCUGCAGAUAUUUUUUGAUUCAGAAAUAUAUUUAGGAAUAUAAGAAAACAUGUAUUGGGAAAUAAGAGAAACAAUAUGUAGCUUGGUAACUUGAAUAACAAACUUUGAUUUGUGAUUUCUUGUCAACUGUACUUAGAUAAAUUAUGUUUUGAAAAUAUUUCAUGAAUGUAUCUCUAUUUUAUUUGAAAGAUUUAUUUGAUUCUUUAAACAAAUUUGCAUUUUGGGUGUAUAUUGCCUCACCUUUGUGAUGUUCUUGUUUUUCAAAAAGUUGCUGAUAUGAUUUCCAGUAUAACAUGUGCCAUUACUUUUUACUGCAUAUUUUGUUUGCCACUCAACAUUUUUACGGCAUUAUAAACAAUUUGUUCACAUUAUUGAUAAAGGAUUAUAAUAGUUCUUAUAUACACACAAUUUUUGAUAUAACUGAAGUGUUAAAUUCUCAUAGACACCAGUUGUAAUUUGAGUGGAAGCAAGUAUAAAAUAGUAAGAAAAAAAAAGGUUUUAUUCUUUGUAAAUGGAUAUUUUCCCAAGUAAACAUUAUAAUUAGAGUUAGUUUACCUAAACUUGAGUCUCAUAGCUUCUAUUGCUUAAAUGAAGGAAUAUAUACUGAAUCUGGUCUAAAGGUACAUGUAUAAAAAAUACAUGAGAGAAUAAUCUAGCAUGGCAAAUUGACAUUUAUGAUUAGCAAGCAUUUUAUUUUAUUGUAAAGUUUUAAAUAUUUAUUACUAUGUUGUUUAUGUAUGUAUUUCUAACUUGCUGACUAACUUUUCUUUGUUGUACAGUAGUUUAGUAAGCAAUUCUUUAUUGUUAAUUUUAUUUUCAUUCCACAUUCAUCAUUCCAUGCUAUCUAAGUUUGUUUGAAGUUUUGGUUGACAUUCAGUUAUCAUGAUACAUGUAGUUGAAAGACAUGUUGAUAAUUUUUUUACUAUCAGGCAGAGAUUAUUAAGCAAGAAGGUGGUAGCAUUUAAAGUCAACAGUGUUGAGAUUUUAACCUUGAAUUUCACUCUAUGUAAUAACUUAUCCUGUGGUUGUCCUAAUACAUGUUAUGUCAUGUUUCUAUUUGAUCUGCUCAUUAUUUUAAGGAAUUUCAAAAUAAGCCAGACUGAAGUGAUCUGAUGGUAAGACUUCAUACUGAUAGAUUAGGCAAGUCUAUCAUGCUCAAAUUUAAUUUCUUCUAAAGAAAGGCAGCUUCUGUAUAAUUUUGUGAUAUUUUAUUCUUUUUUCUUUCUUUUUUUGUGUGCAUUUUUUUUUUCGUUAUUAUAAAUUGUUUGUAUUUCUGAGAAGAAUCAAAA